CGUUUGCGUCAAGCCAGGCCAGGGCUCCUAUUGGCUGAAUCAGCCGAGGGUGACGUCAUUGGGACGUACUAAGACUAGGGUUGGGCCUAGAGUCGGAGCCAUUACUGCCGGAAAAAGGUCCCGCGGAGCUGAAGAGUCAAGAUGUGUGACUUCACCGAGGACCAGACUGCAGAAUUCAAGGAGGCCUUCCAGCUGUUUGACCGAACAGGUGAUGGCAAGAUCCUGUACAGCCAGUGUGGGGAUGUGAUGAGGGCCCUGGGCCAGAACCCCACCAACGCCGAGGUGCUCAAGGUCCUGGGGAACCCCAAGAGUGACGAGAUGAAUGUGAAGGUGCUGGACUUUGAGCACUUUCUGCCGAUGCUGCAGACCGUGGCCAAGAACAAGGACCAAGGGACCUAUGAGGAUUAUGUCGAAGGCCUUCGGGUGUUUGACAAGGAAGGGAAUGGCACCGUCAUGGGUGCUGAAAUCCGGCAUGUCCUUGUCACACUGGGUGAGAAGAUGACAGAGGAAGAAGUCGAGAUGUUGGUGGCUGGGCAUGAGGACAGCAAUGGUUGUAUCAACUAUGAAGCGUUUGUGAGGCAUAUCCUGUCGGGGUGACGGGCCCGUGGGGCGGAGCUCGUCCGUAUGGUGCUGAAUGGCUGAGGACGCUCCCAGUAACCCUAGAACCCGUGCCUUUCCCUGUGUGAGACUGUAUCUAGUCUGAAGGUGUCCUAGGCUAUCUGGUCACAGCACUUUUCCCACCUUGUCUCUGGGAUGAUGUUUGCCAUCAGCAUUCACCAAAUAAACUUGCUUUCUGUGCC